AUGCCAUGGACGCUGCCCAACGAGCUCUUCAUCCCUAUCAUCGAGUCCGUUGGUUGCGAUCAGAAGACUCUCUUGACUCUGCUCACCGUCUCACGUCACUUCUACAUCCUGGCUCUACCACUGCUUUAUCAGAAACUAUGGAUCUCUCGCCGCGACUUAUCUGACAGACGAGAUCUACAAUCCGUCGUGGAUAAACUAUACCACCGCAUCGAACUCAAUCCAGGUCUUCGGUCCACAACAUCGCUGAGCUUCGAUCUUGGAUGCUUCUUCACCCAUGUCCCCGACAUCCGCACUAUACUCCCACACCUCCCUAGUCUGCGUCGCCUCUCUAUUCGCGGCCCAUCUUUCAUCGAUCCGGAAAUACUGUGGCUCGUCCCAUUGACCGCGCAGCUCACGCAUCUUGAGCUGCAAAGCACGUUCUAUUCGCAGCCCUUCGUCGACUUCCUUGAGCGCAACACCGCGCUCCAAUUCAUCCAUCAACGCAGUUCCCCAUCUACAUUCGAUCGGUGUGCCGCUCGCCUGCAACAGUUCGGGAGGAGGACGUCGCUACUGGAUCUCGACAUCCCAGACCUUAUCGCUGCGUCCCCUACAUCCCUGUACGACGUCGAAGCGGCCUUUGCCCCCGUACGCGCCCUGUCGGUGAACCGAAUCUACUUCACGGACGCCCCGUCGUGGGUAUCACUGCCCCCGAAUCUGCGGCAUAUUCGCGUGCAGAUGCCUCCGAGCGACAUGAACGACAGCUGGCGCGCGCUGUCGAGGAGCAACAUUACGUACAUACGCUUCCAAAGUGUGUCCAUGCCCCGCGAACCAGACCACCCCGUCCGUCGGCUCUUCGAAGUCGUGCAGAGCCUCGCGCUCGUCGACGUCGGGGUGGUGGGCGGGGUCCUGUUCUAUCGAUAUUAUAGGAAUUCGGACCACAAGCUUAAGGUACCCGUCCCCCAUUGUCAGUGGCAGCCGUGGUGGGCGUCGGCAGAAGACGAUAUUGCAGACGCCGUCCAGAGGUGCAAGUGA